UUCUUCGGAAACAAGUCGAACUCUUUUAUCAUCUCUCUGUGUUAAAGUCUCUGCUUUGCUUGAAAUUCAUCGGCGAUCAUAAUGGCGACGGCGAUGGUAGAAGACUCGUUCGAAGAUGACCAGCUGGCCUCCAUGACCACGGACGACAUCGUCAGAGCUUCUCGCCUUCUCGACAACGAGAUUCGCGUGCUCAAGGAAGAGUUGCAGAGAACGAAUCUUGAGUUGGAUUCGUACAAGGAGAAGAUAAAGGAGAAUCAGGAGAAGAUUAAACUUAAUAAGCAGCUUCCUUACUUGGUGGGGAACAUUGUUGAGAUUUUGGAAAUGAAUCCAGAAGAUGAGGCUGAGGAAGACGGUGCCAAUAUUGAUCUUGACUCACAAAGGAAGGGUAAAUGUGUAGUGUUGAAAACAUCUACUCGUCAGACCAUCUUCCUUCCAGUAGUUGGGCUUGUUGACCCAGAUAAGUUGAAACCUGGUGAUUUAGUUGGGGUCAAUAAGGAUAGUUACUUGAUCCUGGACACACUGCCAUCCGAAUAUGAUUCCCGGGUGAAGGCAAUGGAAGUUGAUGAGAAACCAACUGAAGAUUAUAAUGACAUUGGAGGACUGGAGAAGCAGAUCCAAGAACUUGUUGAGGCCAUUGUGCUGCCAAUGACACACAAAGAGCGGUUCCAAAAGUUGGGGGUUCGUCCACCUAAGGGAGUGCUUCUAUAUGGACCUCCUGGUACUGGAAAAACUUUGAUGGCUCGUGCUUGUGCAGCACAAACAAAUGCUACAUUCUUGAAGCUGGCAGGUCCACAACUUGUUCAGAUGUUCAUUGGUGAUGGAGCCAAACUGGUUCGUGAUGCCUUUCAGCUUGCAAAAGAAAAAUCACCUUGUAUCAUUUUUAUUGACGAAAUUGAUGCCAUUGGUACAAAGCGUUUUGAUAGUGAAGUGAGUGGAGAUAGGGAGGUGCAGCGAACUAUGUUAGAGUUACUCAAUCAGCUCGAUGGGUUUAGUAGCGACGAUCGAAUUAAGGUGAUAGCAGCAACAAAUCGUGCAGAUAUCCUGGACCCUGCUCUUAUGCGUUCUGGUAGGUUGGAUCGCAAAAUUGAGUUCCCACAUCCAAGUGAAGAAGCAAGAGCUCGAAUUUUGCAGAUCCACUCAAGGAAGAUGAAUGUGCACCCAGAUGUCAAUUUUGAAGAACUUGCACGGUCCACUGAUGACUUCAACGGGGCACAACUAAAAGCUGUUUGCGUUGAAGCAGGCAUGCUAGCUCUUCGCCGUGAUGCUACUGAGGUGAACCAUGAAGAUUUCAAUGAAGGUAUCAUUCAAGUCCAGGCUAAGAAGAAAUCAAGCUUAAAUUAUUAUGCUUAGACGGAGUUCUAGGGGCAUUCAAACAGAAGGAAGGGUUUUACUCAGGCAGCCAAGAAGAGAAAGCAAGAAAGCUUGUGAGUCUGGAGUUUGUUUAUGUCAAGAACCAAAUGCUUUACUUCUACAAUGAAUUUACCUUUAGCCUGCUGUACUGUAAUACUUCAAUUCAAUGUAAACACCGCCAUGCUUGGAAGUUUAGAUGUAAACAACAAUGAGAUGCUGCAAGUGCUGCUCAAGCAUCUCAAAUUUGAUUGUUGGAAUUUUUCAUUUUGGUAUCUGCAUUUGACAUUUAUAUUAGAUUUUGUUGUGAAUUUA